AUGUGGGUGCGCGAGCUUUUCUGCGAGGUCUGCGAGACUCUCAAGCGGCUCAUAGUCGACAUGCCCUUCGGAAGUCUGUCUGGGUACGACGACCACCUGGACGUGAGACCGACCCUGACCGACGGGUUCCAGAGGCUCUCCAAGCUGGAGGAGCUUGUGUGCCUGCGAGACUAUCCGGCCCUGACGUUCAUGUCCCGGACUUUCACGGUCAACUGUUGGAGCCUAUGGCCCAAGCUGCGGCGUGUGGUGCUGUUUAGGGCCCCCAUAGGGAGCCACUGCUUUUGGUAUGACACUGCCAACACGCCUUCGCUGGAGCAAGUCAUGCUUGCGCGACCAUUGGACUUGGGGACGGCCAAUAUCAAGAACGACUACAAUGACAUGCUGAAGAAGUUCGACCACCUGGUACCACGGAAGCUCAAGAUAGUGUUAGCAGAUGUUGAAAACGACUUGCCGGAAGUACAGACGGCAAGUUGGGCAGAGUGCGAUCCAGAAGGGUUGAUUGCCGUUGAGAAAUAUCACAUACCCACCUCUUUCUAUGGCGACGAGGAGGCGGAUGAGUUGUGCUGUGGCUGGGUCAAGACAGCUGCGCUGAACGGCUCGAUAUGGAGCUGGGAAGGCCAGCCCGUGGCGGCUGCGCCGCUGGAUGUCGGCGAACAGUCAGUGGUGGUAGCAGAUGCGUGA